AUGCAACCAUCUUUCUCCUCGUCUCACCAUACCAACGACUCGGCACACUCAGCAUCAAGCAAUCGGCAAAGACUCCCAUCCGAGUUCGUCAUCUCUCCUUCACCCUCUUCUUCCGUUCGCUCUGCUUCUUUGCAGCCUGGAAAUUAUUCGCGACCACAGCACUCAUCGAAUGCACAUCCUCUACCUCAACCCCCAAGUCGUGGCCCGAGUCCGAGCUACUUUUCACAACGAUCGUUGGCACCUCAAGCAUCAAACUUCAAUGGUCUCACUCCAGGGAUCACCCCGGGUCUCACCCCUGGAAUUACUCCUGGACUUCAUCAUAGACCCUCGUUCGAUGUAACUGGCAGAUCUGGAUCAGCCUUUUCUCAUCGCGACAUCUCUCCGCCCGAGCAUGUUCAAGGCACUGCUGAGCAUGAUGCUCUGUUCGAUUUCGGCAUGCGUGUCGCACACAUGAGAGGUGUCUUCCGAUUGACUGCUGAACGUGAAAGACCUAUCCAGAGUUGUACUAUCCGAGAUUGGCUUCGUGCUGCUAUCUGGUGGCUACACAAGGGCCGUGCAGGUCUGACUGUUCAAAUCCGCGACACCCCCAAAGGAGCAGACAGACCAGAGUCUCUCACACAGGCACAUGUUGAUGUUGCCAAAACAUGGUGGAUCCUUACCGAUGUCCUGUCUGGAACAGACUCGCCGCACUCUAAGGUCGACUCUCCACAGGACACACUUCUACGGGAUAUGGAAAUUGUGCGCGCGAGUCUGCGUACAUUCACUCUUUCGAUGAGUCGGAACAACGUUAUGCCUCCUCACCAAUCUCUGAUUCAAGGUCAAGAUACCACCAUGUGGGUCGAGUACCCAAGAUUUGCCUCGGAUGUGGCAUCUCUUCUCCGCGGCAGCACUUCUCAAGCGUUGAUUGCUCAGGAUAACCUCGAGGAAGCAAAUCCGCUCGAUGCCUUGCCACUCGGUGAUACCAGAGACACUUUCUGUUACAGUCGGAUGUUUGUCAACGCUUCCAUCAACACGGAGGAAGCAGAUACAGACCGUGUGGUGCUACCGUGCGUCCUCACCAUGAUUAGAGGUAGGUCAGAGUUCCAGACCUCGGUAGUCAUAUCGAGUCAAGCAGAUCUGGUGAAUUUGGCAAUUCGACCUGGUGAUGGAGGUUACAACAAAGGUCCAACCUGGCAUGAUGUCAGUUGGAAGUCCAAAGAGCAUGGUCUCUACAUUCGUCUUCCCAGAGGCUUCACUCUCAAUCUUGCUUUCGCCGAGCCAGACUUUCGAUCUUUGUGGAGUAUGGUUGAUUAUACCAACAAGAUCUACGGUAGCAUGAAGCCAGAGGCAGAUGAACGCUUGGUCCAUGAAGCACAUCUAGCUGAACUGGCACACACCGACUCUACCAACCCCAGCGCGUUCUCGAAAGACAAGGUUCGAUCGUGUACGGCAUUCGUGUUCGAGAAAAGAGUUCACGUCCGUACUGGCCUUGGCGAGACUAAUCUGCAUCGUGGCUACCGACUGUUGUUGAUGGCAAAUCCUGUCAACAAGUCUCUGACGAUGGCUGGUAUCCCUCUCUGCAGGAACUCGCCACUGCUGUAUGAGAUGUCGCCAGGAAACGAACCGCCAGUCAUGCAUCUACACACGCAAGAUACCAAGCGGCAAUGUCGGACUACACUGAUGUUCAAAAGUGGUCGCGAAAGACAGGACUUCUACGAGACGCUCCAAGGCAUUUCUACGGACCAAGACGAGCAAGUUGUGGCUAGAGUUGGACUUAGGAGCAUGGUCGCCGAGUCGUCAAUGGGUCAAGAUACGGUUGCAGGCGCUUUUCAAGGGCUUGCGUGGAAAGACGUGCGAGUAGUGACCGACGCGAAUGCUGCGGUAGGACAGGAUCAAGGAGACAUGACGCUGUCGGAGCACUUCCGAUUAAUUGCAGUGCACGAUAGUGGUGCUGUGACUGACCGCCUCAAUCUUGGACCCGGUGAGCUCUUGCUGCGUCUUCCAGCUUCCAAUACGCCAAGUUUGACGCUCCUGCGAGCACCACAAGAGGACUUGACGGCCUCGCUCGACAUCAGCAAAGUCCAGCAUGGACGUGAGGGAAUGAAGAGGUUUGUACAGACCGCAUCAAUAACGCCUACGACACGCACCUUGACAUUCCCUUCGGUGGAAGAGCUACACACAUUCCAAAGAGCGCUCACGAGAUAUACUGUCAAGUUCGAUGGCAUGGCUACACUGUUCGCCAUCUCUCGACGAAGAAUGGUUGUUCCGAUCUACAAGAAGUGGGAAGCAACCAAGGUCCGGAUUCAGAUCUUGACACUGGGCCACGUGACCAAAAUCGCAGCUUUCUUCGAAGACUUCAGCCAUGCAGAUGCCAUGGUGUUCCAGAUCAAGGCGGCGGAUACAUUCGAAAAGGCCAAGGGAGACAAACAGGCCAAGUACUGCGUCAAGUUUGUGGAUGCCAAGUUCAGCUUGCCAAAGAAAGAGAAGGAGAACGAAGGUGGAGAAGAUGAAGCGCCAUCGGACUCGCAGACUUGGGGCAAGGGAGUCCGUCGCAAGUACAUCAAUCUCGAAGGGUUUGAAUAUGCAGGAGAGCAUGACGAUAUCACCAUUGGGUUCGAGACGGAAGAAGCACGCGAUGGCUUCUCGGAAGGGCUGCCGGCAGCAACGACCAACAAGGUGUUUCAAUUGAGGCGGAAGAUUUGA